CGGCAAGCAAAACAAGCUGGUCGACAGAAGAAAUAUAUCGGUUGCCGGUCGGUGCUUCGGUCAGACGGACAGAGAAGUUAUCAAGCGUAGCUCAUUUGCAUGUUGUAACGGUUCACUGCUCGCGCCGGUGAUAUAUGUGGAUGCGGUCCAGAUCAGUGGUAAUGUCGCAUUAUUCGCAUGUUCGGCCCGUUAUGACGGUCAGUCCGUUCGGGUUUUGUCAGCGUGACAUUUCUUGUUUUUAAAGCGACAUUGCCGUGCAAAGAAGUAAUUUUUAUUUGCGCAUUUCAUUGUUAUAAUCAACUAUGCAUACGCGGCGGCUGGUGAAGCGCUCGGUCAUUGGGAGCCGCGUUUACGCGCCGGGUUUAACGGGAGACGCGGCUCCGCUCACGGGAGUGAUCCAGGCUGUCAAACAAGACAACAGAGAUGCUUCGACCGGCCAUCGGCGCAACGUGUACACGGUGCUCAUGCAAGACGGGAUCUUGAAAGAGUACUCGGAGGAAGAGAUUGCACAGAUGACUGCGAAAGCGCCGCUGAAGUCGAGCUUGAAGAGCACCUGUAAUGGUGGCCAGCGGGACGGGCCCACGCAGGGCCAGAAUGGGGGCAUGCAGAGAGGAGAGGCGCCCUCCCUCAGCCCGGAGAGCACAGAGGAGCCAAGGGUGUUGGAGCACAAGCGAACGGGCCGGGCACUAGAGCCAGAGAAAGAUCACACCCGCUCUGUUUCUCUGCUGGAACAAAAACGCAAGGUGGUCUCUUCCAGCAUCGACGUACCACAAGCCAGAAAAUCAGAGGAGGAGGUGGACAUGGACAAAGUGACAGCUGCCAUGGUGUUGACCAGCCUGUCCACUAGUCCUCUGGUGCGCAGCCCUCCUGUAAAAGUUAGUGAGGGUCUGAACGGCUCAUGGAAGGACGGAGGCUUUACUCCAUCCAGCUACAGCAGCAGUGGAUAUUGGAGUUGGAGUGCUCCCAGUGACCAGUCCAACCCAUCCACGCCGUCCCCUCCCCUGUCCGCUGACAGCUUCAAACCCUUCCGGAUGCCCAGCCUCAGCGGCCCACCAGACGACAUCAUCGAUGAGCAUGAUGGGAACAGCUUGCUGUUCGACGAACCCAUCCCCCGCAAACGCAAGAACUCCAUGAAGGUGAUGUUCAAGUGUCUGUGGAAGAACUGUGGGAAGGUCUUGAGCACAGCUGCCGGGAUCCAAAGGCACAUUCGAACCGUCCACCUGGGUAGGAACUGUGACUCAGAGUGCAGUGAUGGAGAGGAGGAUUUCUACUACACUGAGAUCAAACUGAACACCGACUCUGUGGCGGACGGUUUGAGCAGUCUGUCUCCUGUGUCCCCGUCUGUGCUGUCCCCCCUGCCGGGUUUGGACCAGAGACAGCCGGAUGGCACUAAUGGAGCAAAGAGCGAGAACAGCACCACCACCCCUCUCAGCCGCUCUGCUCCCAGCGCACUCUACCUAGUGCACACAGACCAUGCCUACCAGGCCACAGCCCCUGUCACCAUCCCCUCUGCCAGCUCCACUGGCUUCACCCCCUCCAGCAGCAGUUUCAGUAUCUCCUGGCAGUCCCCACCCGUCACAUUUACUGGCACCUCUGCCUCUCCCACUCACAGCCGGACGCAGGGCUUUGGGGAGCAGCGCUCUCAGACCAUUGCAGUGCUCUCCUCUCCCCCCAGAGCCGCAGGCUCACUCAGUAGGAAGUCACGAGGCGAGGGAAAGAAGUGUCGUAAGGUGUACGGCAUGGAAAACAGAGACAUGUGGUGCACAGCCUGCCGCUGGAAGAAAGCCUGCCAGAGAUUUGUUGACUGAAACAGCUGCGACGGCUUACACACAAAAACAGGGUGGGCUUCCUUUGCAUGUAUAGCAUAAUGAAAUGCGUCCCUUCUCUUUCUUGCUGACCACAGCCCCACCCUGCUUCACCUUAAACCCACAUGGACUUUGAGGGUCAAAUCCUUAUGCAUUCCCUCCUAAACCAACGGACGCACUCCCAAUCUUUGCAGAUUUCCAACUCUCCCUUUGAGGCGAGUUGCUUUACACUGCAAAAAUAAAAAAAGACUUGUGAUCGAUCUUUUUGUUUGUGUUCAGUAUACUGCUUAAAAACAUUCUUGUCAGUUCCUAAAGGACCAGUCAGGGCAAGACCAGCCUCUGUCCAUGCUCUUUUUAAAAGAGAAGAAAGCUCUCUUUCAGACUGUGUAAGUGCUAUAAAAAACCCAACUGGAGAAGUGUUUCUUUUUCCAUGGGCACAUUUUCACAUUUCUCCUGCCCAUUUUACUAAAGGUUAAGGGUUGGACAGCUAGAAAACCCUAUCUUCUCAAGAAUGUACCACCACAGGGGUUUGUUUUGGGAUGUUGACUGGACAGCUCCCCUGAAUGGAAAUUCCUCGAUGCAAAAAAAAUAAGGGAAGAGAAGGACUUUCAGCUCCCCCUUUCAUUCAUGCUGACACAAGCAAUUGCACCUACGAAGGACGGAUUUUAUAUCUCUGGUUUUAUAUUUGCGUUCACCAGUAGGACAUUUCUUUCAGGGAUGCGAUCAGUAAAAGCUAAACCAGCAGUUAGAAUUAACAUCCAAGAACUCAGUGCUUUCUGUCACAGGAAUACCUUCUUGCUACCAAAAAGGUUUUUUUUUACGUGCCAUUUUCUUUUCUUUUUUUUUUUUUUUUUUGCUUUGCAACUGACUUCAACAGAAUGAAGUACAAAGACUGCAAUUAUUAAAACCCAACGGCACAGACUUGCAUCAAAGUUAGCGAUCGCAAGAACCAGCCAUUCAGGCAACCUCUCCUUCCCAUCGGACUUCAUCUGCAGGAACGAACUGCAUUCAUAUUAGAGCCAUAUAUGAACCGUGGUGGUUUCAUGCCACAGUCUGUUGCCUAGAGAGGUUCAACCAACAUGCCCAAGUAAAGAAAACUCUGCAAAGUGGUUAAUUUUACCUCUGAAAGGUGAAGAGCUCUUUACCUCUCACCUUUUUCCUGACCUCACAGGUUCAAGUAGGAAGUAAUAAAAAUAGCAAAUGCCACAUCUACUCCAGCACAGGAGCUGGAAGCACUCAGAUGUGGUGGUGUUAUUCUUCUGUAGUUGGUACAGUAUCGUGUAACACAGCAGAACACUGGUCACAGGAGGAUGGACGUGUUUUCACGAUGGGCUUCUUUGCAAAGGAUGACCAGAAAAAUUGUCCCAAGACGUCAACACUUGGUUUGGCUCUUAAGGAAUAUGGCAGCUCGUUGGCAAUUGUAAUCUGGAACUGUUUUGGUGGCUCUGAUACAGUCUAAUAUGAUAUCGUCUACGUAACAUCAACACAAGCUAGUUAACUCAUCAUAAACCUGCAAACAAUGCUUAUUGUGAUCAACUCAUUGUCUGUAUCUGUUUUGUUCAUCACACUGUUUCCCUUUCACUUACUGUCGAUAUGUGUAUAUAGAUAAGGUAUAUAGUAUUAAACCCCCCAAACAAAAUGUUUUAUGCCCAGCGUAACACUUGGUUUUAUUGGUAGAAUGGCUUUGUUCACACUGCACAUAAAUCAGAUUUGGUUUCAAAUCCGAUUUCAAUUAUUAGAUCCAUUUGUUUGUACAAUGUAGUCAAUAUCCUAUGUCUCCACAUGGAUUAUUUACGAAUGCUAUAACCAUCAUCCUGACAAGCGAUUAAAAGCGACUCAUAAACAUCUAAAAGUACAGUAGACUACUUGGAAUCUGAUUCUGAUUCACACUAAGAUGCAUUAAAGAAAUAUGAUCUGAUGACCUGGUAUGGAUGUGGUUUGGAUCUGGUUCAUAAACAUCAGAUUUCCUGUGGUCUUCUGCAAUUCAGAAUACAAAAAAAAACUUGAUAUGGUGAGAAAUGGAUUUUAAUUUAAUGUAAUUUCACACCAAAAAUGGAUGUGGUUUGGAUCUGGUUUGUUUUAUGUGGUUUUUCAUGAAUUCAGACUACAAAAAACUCAAUGGAUUGACCAAAAAAAAUAAAAUAAAAUCUGAAUUUUGCUGCCUGUGUGAAUAAAGCCAGAUACUACACGAACAGAAAAAAACUAAAGGCAUUUUAAAUGUGAAUCUAUAAUUAAGAUCCAUGUAAAAUGAAUAUGCAUUUAAAUAACAUCUCCAAGAAAACACUUUAAAACUGCCACUGGUUUAGUGUCUUAAUAGAAAAAAAGAAAAUCCAGAAACGACCAAGAGUUCAUGACCGUUUCUGCAUUUUGAUCUAUAAUUUUCCUUUUUCUCACUUUCUGUUGACACGAUUCAACAGAUCUUGCAAGGAAAAGGUCUCCAGGGCCUUGCGUCUUUCCGUAUGACUGGAGGCAACCUGUUUGUGAAAGCACAGCUAUGCUGAAGCCGCACACCAGCACCCAUGGGCUCUAGCACUCCAAUUUUACUCGAAUGCUUAUUGAAACUUUUUGUGAUCUCAUGCCAGAGAUGAAGUUGAGUUUCAAUAAUUAAUAGUUGCAUAUUUUGGCCCCUCCGCUGGUGUGAGGAACAUCUCAGAGGCUGCUGCUUGUCCCUCCAUUCCCU